CCGCCAGCUUUACCUGCCGCACGGACACUGCGUCUUUGGAGACAGUCCUCACUGUUUGCCGUCUUUCUCACUUUCAACCGAAAGUCCUCGGGCACAGCCAUGAGGUCCUUCGUCGCGUUUGUCAUUCUCCUGGUCUUCUGCGUUGGAUUUACUGGAUGUAAGCCCUCGUCGCCCUGUCCGAGUGGCCAGUUUAUGCUGAAGAACCAGUGUGUCCUGUGUCAUCCCACCUGCUCCGAGUGCUACGGACACGAGCUGUUUGAAUGCACUACCUGUGGAGUUUAUGAAGACGGACAGGAACGUUUCCUCCACCAAGGUCGCUGUCGGACACACUGCCCACGGGGAUUCUAUCCUGACAGGGGUCACUAUGCCUGCCUGCCCUGCAUAGCCAAUUGUGAACUGUGCACAGAUGGCAACAUAUGUGCAAAGUGUCGAGGACAUUACAAACUUCACAAUGGGGUCUGCCAAACAGCACUGUGCGGCAUAGGGCAGGUGCAGGACCCUGAUACAGGAGAGUGCAUUGACUGUGAAAUUGGCUGCAAAACAUGUUACACAGAAGACCCAGAGAUCUGUAGCAGCUGUGUUGAAGGUUACUUUCUUUUCAGGCACCAGUGUCGCAGACAUUGUCCUCAGAGCACCUAUGAGGACAGAGGCAGGCGUGUCUGUCUCUCCUGCCCAGCACCAUGUGAAGACUGCAGGAAUAACACGCACUGCUUUGCCUGCCAGCCUGGUUACUUCCUAAACGAGGGACAAUGCAUUAAACAGUGUCCUCAGCAAACCUUCAGCGACUCCAGCGGGUGGCGCUGUCAGUCUUGCCACAGCUCGUGCCAGACAUGCCACGGAUCUCGUGCAACAGACUGCGACCUUUGUCCUGGUGGGAAUUUUCCUGUACAUGGACAGUGUCCUCACAUUAACUGCCCACAGGGACAGUAUUUUGAUGGGAAAUAUGGUGAAUGUCACACGUGCAAUGUUUCCUGUAAGACCUGUUUUGGCCCACAGGCACUGGAUUGUUCUUCUUGUUUUAAAGGAUAUUUCCUGGAUCAGGACAGUUCCUGUGUAGAGCAGUGUCCACCUGGCUCAUAUGCGAACUCUGCCACUCAGCUGUGUGAGGACUGCUCUCCCAGCUGUGAGGCCUGUGUGGACACCGGUGAUAACUGCAUCAGCUGUUCCAAAGGCACCGAUAAACUUUUUCUCCACCAAGGCCGGUGCUGGUCCAAUUGCCCAGAAGGUUUCUUUGAGACAACAGAUGGGUCGUGUGAAGCCUGUGAUAGCUCCUGUCUCACAUGUGAUGAGAUCAAAUCCCAGUGUCUGUCCUGUGCUGACGGCUACUACCUGGAGAGUGGCAUGUGUAGACUCAACUGUUCGCUGGGAAUGUAUCCUGCAGAUGAUGGUACCUGCAGACGAUGUCCUCCCCACUGUGACGUAUGCUCAGAUGACAGGACCUGCUUCCGGUGCAGUUUCCUCUACUUGAUGCUGAACGGUGAGUGUAAGGCUAGUUGUCCUGUGGGCUAUUAUGAGGACAUGGAGGAGGGCCGCUGCGGUCAGUGCCACCCUACGUGUGGCAGCUGUUCAGGGCCUUCAGCGGAUGAUUGUGAGACCUGCUCAACCUACAGCCCCAAGCUCUAUAAAGGUGUAUGCUCAAAGGACUGCCCCGCUGGUACUUACUAUGAGGCUGCAGCUAUGGAGUGUCAAGAGUGCCACCAGACUUGCCUUAGCUGCACCGGGCCGGACGCCAACGAGUGCACCCAGUGCGAGAGAGGACUCGUGUUGGAUCCAAACUCGUUACUGUGUGGUGUGACGGGUGAUACAGCCUGCCCACCGGGGACCUACCUACACAACGACCAGUUCACCUGCAAGGGUUGCCACCGACACUGUCUUUCGUGUGAGGGGCCAGGCAACGAUGAAUGCCAGACCUGUGCUGUCCCCAGAUACCUUUACAACAGCACAUGUGUUAAUACGUGUCCUGAUGGCACGUAUACCACAAGGCAGGAAGCUGAUGGAAAGAUGUUGGGACUCUGUUUGCCUUGUGACCACGUGUGUUCCUCUUGCACUAGUGCAUCACCAAGAGAUUGUCUUACGUGUUCUCCAGGAUAUCUGCGGCUCCUUCAGCUCUGUGUCACCCAUUGUCCCACUGGGUAUUACAGGGAGGGCUCCCAGUGUCAUAAAUGUCACCAGUCCUGUGAGCUGUGUACAGGACCGGGGCCCGAGUCUUGCAGGCCAUGUCCUCCUCCUCUGCUGGAGCUGAAAGGCACCAAGCUGUGUGUCGAGCGCUGCCCACACCGCUUCUAUCAGUCUAACGACAUCUGCAAAAAAUGUCAUAUCAGUUGUCAGACAUGCAUAGAUGCCUCUCCUCAGGGCUGCUUGACUUGUGACUGGGGCAGCAUGCUACAGGACAAAGUGUGCUAUCCACGCUGUAAGGAGGGACUGUACUUUUCUGAAGAGGUGGGUUAUGAUUAG